AUGGAGUAUCUUCUGCCUGUGGGACUAUACCAUAGCAGUCAUGCUAUAUGCAGCGCUUCUGGAGAUCCUCACUACAGUACCUUUGACGCACGUGUUCACCACUUCAUGGGAACAUGCACAUAUGUGCUGUCCAAACUAUGCAGUGAACCUUCGGUGCUGCCUUACUUUGAUGUAUCAAGUACCAAUGAGCACAGAGGUACCAACACCAAAGUAUCCUGGGUGAAGUCUGUACAUGUGUUUGUCUACAACAACACGCUUUCAAUCAUGAAAAAUCAUAAAGUGCUGCUGAAUGGAAAUAGAGCAAACCUGCCUGUGUCAGUUAGAAACCUCCUGGUAGUGCGGAUGAGUGGUGCUUAUGUUUUAUUGGAGACUGACUUUGGCCUGAUGGUGAGAUUUGAUGGCAUCCACCAUGUUGAUGUGUCUGUACCAUCUAAGUAUGCUGGACUGCUCUGUGGCAUGUGUGGUAAUUACAAUGAUGACCCUGGUGAUGACAUUAUUAUGCCUAAUGGUAGCCUUGCAACAGAUUCUAAUAAACUAGGAGAAAGUUGGCAAGUACCUGAUGGAGUAACUGAGUGCAAUCAUGGCGAGAGUGUCUUUAAAUGUGAUCCAAAUAUAAAGGAGAAUGCAGAGAAAGAAACCGCUUGCGGAAUGAUUACAGAUCUAACAGGUUUAUUCAAAGAAUGCCAUGUUAAAAUUCCACCCAAGAAUUACUUUGACAACUGCGUCUAUGACAUGUGCAUGACUGGAGGACAGCCCACAACACUUUGCUUUGCCCUACAGACCUACACUGACUUGUGCGCUCAAGCAGGAGUUUGCAUAGAGUGGAGAAAUAAGUCAUUCUGUCCCGUAUCCUGCCCCGGUGGUAGUCACUAUGAGAGGUGUGGUACUAGUUGUCCUGCUACAUGUACGGAUCUGUCUGCACCUGACAACUGUCUUCUGCCAACUGUUGAAGGAUGCUUUUGUGACCCUGGAUACGUUCUGAGUGUGGACAAAUGUGUUCCAAGCAGUCAGUGUGGCUGUGUGGAUGAGAACAACAAAUACUAUCAGCUGAGUGAAAACUGGUUCACACAUGAGAACUGCACUGAACGUUGUACGUGCUUGGGCAUAAACAUCAUCAACUGUACAGCCUGGCAAUGUGGAGUGCUGGAGACAUGUGAGAGACGUGAUGGAGAGCUGGGGUGUCACAUGACAGGAAGUGCUUCCUGCUAUGUUGGUGGCGAUCCUCACUAUUAUACCUUCGAUAAAAUCAUGUACACGUUCUCGGGCACUUGUGCAUACACCCUGGUGAAAGUCUGUGACAACAGCAGUGUGGUUCCUGUCAGCAUCACUACAUUGAAUGAAGAGCAUGGGCAGAAUCUCUCAACAUAUUUGAGAGAGAUCUACAUAGAUGUGUAUGGUGUACGCCUCACACUACAGAAAAACAGAAGGAUCUUGCUGAAUGGAGAAAGGACUCGCAUGCCAAUCCAGGGUCGUUUGAGAGGCAUUAAUGUUGUAACAAAUGGUAUCUACACAAUCAUUGAGACGGAUUUUGGAAUGUUAGUGAAAUAUGAUGGCUAUCACAACCUAAUGAUCAAUUUGCCAAACUCAUAUCAUUCAAAGGUGUGUGGUAUGUGCGGUAAUUAUAACGGUCAAAAAGCUGAUGAGUUUCAAAUGCCUGAUGGAAUCAUUGCACCCAGUUUAACUCACUUUGGAAACAGUUGGAAGUCAGAGGAAUACAGCAAUGCAGGCUGUCAACCAGUCAAUAGAAAACAAAUGGACUCUGUUUGCACUCCAGGAGAGAAAUUGAUCAUUGAGUCCCAGUGCCAGGAACUGCUGUACGAUAAGUACAAAUCUUGUCAUCACUUUGUUAAUCCGCAUUUUUUCAUCGAGGACUGUAUGCAGGACAUGUGCAAAUAUAAUGGAAUGCUUCCAGCACUCUGCGAUAACAUCCAGAAUUAUGUUGAUGCUUGUAAGGAAGAGGGAGUAGAAAUUUUUUGGAGGAACAGUACUUUCUGCCCUCUAUAUUGUCCACCGAACAGCUACUAUAUGACCUGUGCUCCAGCUUGUCCUCCUACAUGCAAUAAUAUCUAUGCAGAAUCGAGCUGUGACAGGCCUUCUGUGUGUAUGGAAGGAUGUGUAUGUGACAAUGGCUUUGUAUUCAGUGAUGACAAAUGUGUUCCAAUCAGUGAAUGCGGCUGCAGGGACAAAAACGAUGAUUAUCAUUGUAUUGGAGAGAUUUGGCUGACCCCCCACUGUGCCCAAAAAUGUAGCUGUGGAAAAGGCGGUGAGAUAAACUGCACAGACUAUGGCUGUAGCCCUAAUGAGAACUGCAGUCUGAAGAAAAAUGGGCAAUAUAUCUGCAGAUCCACUGAGUUCACUAAGUGCACUAUUGGGGGAAAACCAUAUUACUUGGCCUUCGAUGGUUUGGUCCACCACUUCACAAUUAAGCGUCUAUAUACUCUAGCGGAAACAUCUGACAUUUCCAACAGACUGCAGAAGUUCAGGAUUGUUGGCAAAAAUGCACCUCUGAAGGAAGGGAAAGGCAUUGUUCAUCUGCAGGAGAUCCUUAUUGAAGUGUAUAACCAUACUGUUCAGUUCAAAGACCAGCGGAAACUUGUGGUGGAUGGUGAAUUAGUAAAUCCCCCAGUUCAGCCUCAUGAUAGUCUUCGAAUCUACCAGAGAUCCAACAGACUUCACUUGGAAACAGACUUUGGCCUAGCCAUCAGCUUUGAUGAGAACGAUAACUCAGACAUCACUCUUCCUAUUACCUACAGGAAAUGGGUUCGUGGAUUAUGUGGUAAUUUUGAGGGAAAGAGAAUAAAUCAUCUCACAAAACACAAUGGAGCAAGAAUUACUGAAGUGAAACAUUUUGGUGAAAGUUGGGAUAUCGACAGUAAUAGACCCGCAGCCAGUAAACCAGGCAUUGCAGAUAGACAGAAGCAACACCCUAUUACAGAUGAAGACCUUGAAAAUAUUGAAUUAGACACAGGAUUUGACAUGCUGUGCAGCAAAACUGAACUAAAGCUCAUAAAAGGAACCAGUUACUGUGGAAUUAUUUCUGAUCCAGUUGGUCCAUUCAGCAAUUGUCACCGAUUUAUCUCACCAGAGCAGUAUCAAAUGCACUGCAUCUUUAGCACGUGCACCAUGUUUAAUAUCACUGAGAUGAUGUGUCCCAGCCUGGAACAAUAUGCACGGCACUGUCAGGAGCAUGAAGUCACUCUGGGAGACUGGAGGAAAGACACCCUCUGUGCAUUAGCCUGUCCAGCAAACAGCCGAUACACUAUGCAGAUGUCAGCCUGCCCUGCUUCCUGCAGUAACGUUGCUGCCCCAUCAGAAUGUGAAGCACCUGCUAUGGAGGGCUGUGAGUGUCUACCAGGCUUUGUACUAAGUGAUUUCCAGUGCGUUCCCUACAAAGACUGUGGAUGCACCUAUCAGAACAAGUAUUAUGAGGUUGGGAAAAAGUUUAUGACUGAAGAUUGCUCUGAGACUUGUGUGUGCAUCGGUACUGCAACAGUUAACUGUACAAGAGUGCUGUGUGCUCCCAAUGCAACUUGUACCUCCACUUGUCUCAUCAGAGGAUGCUACCAAUCUGGCCCCUGUCUCAAUAACCCAUGUGAGAAUGGAGGCAUUUGUCAGGAGGUAACUAAUGAAGCAGAUGGUUCUCUGAACUUUCACUGCCAUUGCCCAAUAACCCAUGAAGGUCCUCACUGUGAGAAAGAAAAGUCACAGGAUGACUACAAUUGUGACAGCAUCCACCACCAAAUCAUCAAUGAGUUCAAACAUUUGUGGACCUUGCUGCUGCAGAAACUGAAAAGCGAGAAGGGAGGUCCCAGCUGCUGCAUGCCACAUGCACGGCCCACCUGCUCACGGGAGCCCCUCCCUUGCACCACGGGGUACAAGAGGCACAAGAAAUCCUACGCCCAUUGCAAGAGGAGGCGGAUACGCUACCUGGAGCCUGAUGAGCAAGAGAUCCUGAGCCACCUGUGCUGCAACUAUGACCCUCACAAGUUCAGCAGGGCAGAAUGGACGAUAAACUUACAAGGAUACGCCCCUGGAGAGAGGAGACCUGGGAACUGCAGUAACGUCUGCAAACAUUCACGCAUAGUUUUCGACACGUAG